GUUUUUCGUAAAUUUUUCACGUUGAUAAACGAAUUAAAUAUUAGACGUUUUUGUCAAAUAAAUGAUAAAACCCGACAUACAAAAUGGAACUAUAUGUUUUAAAAGCAGUAAGAAAAGAAAUUAUGUGAAAUGAAAAGUGUUAUUUAAUAUGUAAAAUUUGAAAGGCUUUAUUGACAAUUUAAAUUUUCGACAUUUUACCGUCUAUUAAAAAUUCUAUUCUUAAAUGUAUCAAUUGUUUCAAGGCUACUUAAGGUUAUAGUAGGUUAUAGUGAAAGUUAGCGUUACUAACGCCCCCUAUUAGACAUUACUUGUUUCAGUAAGUUCUGCAAGUACGUAAAAAAAAUGUCGACGACACUGUAUGACGUGUAGUUUACAAUUGUCAAGUUGUCAGCUGCAAAAUGGAAUAUUUUAAAAGUAGAUUAAAGUCUGUCUUAGGUUCUGCAUCUGUAGAAAACGAACCAUCGAGUAUUGAAACGGUAGAGCGACUGAUAGACAGGUUACAAUCGUCGAUGUUGUUGGAUGACAGGCGAGAUGCUUGUCGUGCACUUAAAGCUCUUUCGCGCACUUAUCGUAUCGAAGUGGGAGCUCAAGGAAUGUGUGCAUUACGACAAAUUUUAGAAAUGGACAGGACUGAUUGUGAAAUCAUUAGUUUAGCACUUGAUACACUUUGUAAUAUAACAAAUCCUAAAGCAUUUGAUGAAGAAGUGGAUCAGUAUUGGCCCAACAUCAAAGUGGGAGAAGAAUUUACAGAAAUAUUUAUUAAAGACACAGAUAGCGUGGGAAUAGUUUUAACACUCUUGGAAGAAUUUGAAUUCAAAGUUAGGUGGCCAGCAUUAAAGUUAUUGAUGAAUUUGUCAACUAAUAGAUUAAAGGAUAUACAAGAAAUAAUUUUAGUUAGUCCCAUGGGUGUAUCUAAACUGAUGGAUCUCCUUAGUGAUAGUAGAGAAGUCAUACGUAACGAUGUUUUAUUGCUUCUUAUUCAAUUAACAAAAGCUAAUGCAAAUAUUCAAAAAAUUGUUGCUUUUGAAAAUGCGUUUGAUCGUAUUUUCGAUGUUAUUGCACAAGAGGGCAAUGUAGAAGGUGGUAUUGUUGUGGAAGAUUGUCUACUAUUAAUGUUAAAUCUUCUAAGGGGUAAUGUAAGCAACCAAAAUUUUUUUAAAGAAGGCAGUUAUAUUCAAAAAUUAACACCAAUGUUUCAAAUAUCAUCCGAACUUGAUGACAAUCCUCUAAGCACAUGGAGUCCACAGAAGGUAUCAAACAUUCAUUGCAUGGUUCAAGUCAUUCGUGCAUUGGUAACACCAAGCGGAUCUGCUCAGGCAGUAUCGAAUUGUCAACACAUUAUGAGAGCCUGUGGUCUUCUACAAGCUUUGUGUAACAUAUUGAUGGCUAAUGGUGUACCUGCGGAUGUACUGACUGAGACUAUUAAUACAGUGGCUGAAGUUAUUAGGGGAAAUUCCAGUAACCAAGAAUUUUUAGCUGGAGUAAUGGCACCUAGCAAUCCUCCUAGACCUGCGAUUGUUGUCUUACUUAUGUCUAUGGUGAAUGAAAAGCAACCAUUUGCUUUAAGAUGUUCCGUUCUCUACUGCUUUCAAUGUUUUUUAUAUAAAAAUGAAACGGGACAAACUCAGCUUAUUCAAACUUUGUUACCUCAGGGAAAUGAAAUGCCAUCAUUGACGACAGGACAGUUGUUAUGUGGAGGUUUAUUUUCCUCUGAUUCCUUAUCGAAUUGGUUUUCUGCCGUGGCAUUGUCUUAUGCAUUGAUCGACGACAAUACACAGAAGGAACAAUUGUUACGUGUAUUACUUGCAACAAAUAUUGGAAAACCACCAGUGACCUUGAUGCAACAAUGUGUCAUGUUACUGCAACAGGGCAAUAAAAUACAAUGCAAAUUAGGUCUUCUAAUACUACUUUGCAGAUGGAUUGCACAUUGUCUAACUGCUGUUAAAUCAUUCUUGCUUAUUGAUUCAUCCGUAGCUUAUUUAACAGCUCUGUUAUCAUCACAGGAGAAUAACGAUGAUUUGCAAGAAACAUUAUUACAAAGUAUGUGCGCCAUACUUAUUGGGUUGUGUGUACAUUUUAAUGAUAAUAGUAUUUCUAACUACACAAAGGAAAAAUUAUGUAAUUUAAUCGAAAAUAGAAUAGGAUUAGAAAGAUUUCAAGAUGCUAUCGGUGGUCUUGCUAGACACGAGGUAUAUUCUAGAACUUUAAAACAUCCUCAACCCUCGGCGAAGAAUCCUUCUGAACUUUUAUUAGAUCAUGAAUUUUGUAGACUAUCAAAAACGUUGGAGGGUGUGAUCAUAAAGUCAGUUUUAGACGGAAGUAGCUUGCAUCAUAAAAAUGAGAUUACAACACCUACUGUGUCGGACUCUGUUUUAGUAGCUCAAUAUAAAGAGCUUAUUCGAGACCAAGAUUUUCAAAUACAAAAGCUGAAUCAACUUACGGAAUCACUCGUAAAAGAAAAAAACGAACUUGAAGCACAAGUACACGAUCUUCGAUCAACUAUUAGUCAUUUAAAGGAUCAAAAUUUAGUUUUACGAGCAGCACAAACUAAUUUACAAUCGGAAGAAAGUGAAUCCAAUAGUGUUAUAAUCAACGAAGGUUGCACAAAAGAGGCAGAAAAAUAUAAAACUGUGAUUGCAGAGUUAGAAAUUCGUUUAGUAGAAUAUGCUUCAAUGGUAAAAAAAUAUGAAACUGACUUCGAACGUAAGUUAAAAGAAAAAUCUGAGGAAUUAGAAAAAAUGAAGAAAGACCAAGAAGAUCUUUUAGAACUUUUAGCAGAAGAUGAAAGCAAAAUUAUGCGUUACGAAGAAAAAUUGGCUGCAUUAGGUGAGAAAAUCGAGACGGAUGAAAGUUCUAUUGAAUUAGACACCGAUGAUCAAGCAGAAUCCAACAAUCUCGUCGAUCGUAUUGAAUGAUUGAUAUCGCCUUAAAACUCGAAAACUCUUACAAUAGACUAAUAGCAGUUCAAAAAGACUCUUAUUUCGAUGAUAUUUUUUAUUGUUUUUUUCACAUUUUCUUCCUAUCUGUUUGUUUAAAAUAAUAAUAAAUCAAUGUAUUGUGAUAAUACGAUAAAUUAUAAAUAUUAGCAAGAAUCUAAAUCACUGAUAAAUAUUUGAAUUACAUUAAAAACACAUACGAGAAUUCAU